GACACCAUCUCUGUGUCUCUCUCUCUAUCUCAUUUCUCUCUCUAGACUAGAAGACAUCAACGCAGUCGCAGCCAUGGCGCGGAGCAAGUUGCCCUUACAGUCGAGCAGCAACGCGAACAUCGUCAACGCCAAUGGGAAAACCAUCGAGGAGACUUACCAGAAGAAGACGCAGCUGGAGCACAUCUUGCUCCGACCCGACACCUACAUCGGCUCCGUCGAGAAGCACACCCAAACCCUCUGGGUGUGGGAGAACGGAUCCAUGGUCCACCGAUCUGUGACCUAUGUCCCGGGUCUCUACAAGAUCUUCGACGAAAUCCUCGUCAAUGCGGCCGAUAACAAGCAGCGGGACCCCAAGAUGGACGCCUUGAAGGUUGUCAUCGACCCGGAACAAAACCUCAUCAGCGUCUACAACAACGGGGACGGCGUGCCGGUUGAGGUUCAUCAGGAGGAAGGGGUUUAUGUUCCGGAGUUGAUUUUCGGACACCUGUUAACGAGUAGUAACUACGAUGAUACGGUGAAGAAGACGACUGGUGGUAGAAACGGGUACGGUGCUAAGCUUACCAAUAUCUUCUCGACGGAGUUUGUGAUUGAGACCGCCGAUGGCAAACGGCAGAGGAAGUACAAACAGGUCUUCUCCAGUAACAUGGGACAAAAGUCUGAACCCAUUAUAACAUCUUGCAAAGCAACUGAGAAUUGGACAAAAGUCACAUUUAAGCCUGACCUGGCAAAAUUUAACAUGGUUCAUCUUGAGGAUGAUGUUGUUGCUUUAAUGAAGAAGCGAGUAAUUGACAUGGGGGGAUGUCUUGGAACGACCGUGAAGGUGGAGCUGAAUGGAGAGCGGAUCCCCAUUAAAUCGUUCAAAGAUUAUUGUGAUCUUUACCUAAAGUCUUCCAGUGCAACAAUCUCAGAAAAACCCAAAAGUGAGUAUUUGAAAGUGAAUGGUAGAUGGGAGAUAUGUGUUAGUGUGCGUGAUGGAUUUCAUCAGGUCAGCUUCGUCAAUUCGAUUGCCACAAUUAAAGGUGGUACUCAUGUGGAUUACAUUGCAAACCAGAUUGCAAACCACAUUGCAGCUCUUGUUAACAAGAAGAACAAAAACGCUAAUGCCAAAGCCAAUUCUGUAAAGAAUUAUUUGUGGGUGUUUGUUAAUGCUCUCAUUGAUAACCCUGCUUUUGAUUCCCAAACUAAAGAAACCUUGACUCUUCGUCAAAGCAGUUUUGGGUCUGCGUGUGAACUCCCUGCAGAGUUUUUAAAGAAAGUGGAGAAGAUUGGAGUUGUUGAAGCUGUCCAAUCAUGGGCAGAAUUCCAACAAAGAAAAGCACUGACUAAAACUGAUGGAAAGAAAACCAAGCGCCUUAUUGUUGAAAAGCUAGAAGACGCAAAUGAUGCUGGUGGGAGAAACUCUGAGAAAUGUACCUUAAUUUUGACUGAAGGAGAUUCAGCCAAGGCUCUUGCUAUGGCAGGGAUUUCAGUUGUGGGCAGGGACCACUAUGGAGUGUUUCCGUUGAGAGGUAAAUUGCUGAAUGUAAGGGAAGCUAGUGCUAAACAACUUGAGGAAAACAAAGAGAUUAAAGCCAUCAAACAGAUUCUUGGGCUACAGCAAAACAAAGAAUAUGACAGUGUCAAAACGUUGAGAUAUGGACAUUUGAUGAUAAUGACUGAUCAGGAUCAUGAUGGUUCUCACAUCAAGGGGCUUCUGAUCAAUUUCAUUCACACAUUCUGGCCAUCAUUGCUGAAAGUUCCAUCAUUCUUAGUGGAGUUCAUCACACCUAUUGUCAAGGCUUCAAGAAAAAAUGGGGAGAAGUUGGCAUUUUACUCUAUGCCUGAGUAUGAAGCAUGGAAGGAGAGUUUAGGGGAUAAUGCACGCGGUUGGUCUAUAAAGUACUACAAGGGGUUGGGAACAAGCACAUCUCAAGAAGGAAAGGAGUACUUCAAAAAUCUUCAGCUGCACAGGAAGAAUUUUUUCUGGGCAGAUGACCGAGAUGGGGAGGCAAUAGAACUUGCUUUUAGUAAGAAGAAGAUUGAAGCGAGGAAGAAUUGGCUGAGACAAUUUGAGCCUGGAACUCACCUUGAUCAGAAUAUGAAGUCCAUUAAAUACACUGAUUUUGUUAACAAAGAGCUUAUUCUGUUUUCGAUGGCUGACCUUCAAAGGUCUAUUCCAUCAAUGCUUGAUGGUCUUAAACCUGGUCAAAGGAAGAUCCUGUUUUGUGCUUUUAAGAGAAACUUCAUCAAGGAAGCAAAGGUUGCUCAAUUCUCUGGUUAUGUUUCUGAGCACUCAGCAUACCAUCAUGGUGAACAAAGUUUGCAGGGUACCAUUAUUGGCCUGGCUCAGAAUUAUGUUGGCAGCAAUAACAUAAAUCUUUUCAAACCAAAUGGUCAAUUUGGCACAAGAACUGCGGGUGGCAAGGACCAUGCAAGUGCUAGGUACAUUUAUACUCAACUUUCGCCUGCUGCUCGAUUUUUGUUUCGCAAGGAGGACGAUGUCCUUCUUGACUACUUGAAUGAAGAUGGCCAGUCCAUUGAACCCACAUGGUACAUGCCUAUCAUUCCAAUGGUACUAGUUAAUGGUUGUGAAGGAAUAGGGACAGGUUGGAGUUCAUACAUCCCAAAUUACAAUCCAAGGGAUAUUGUUGAUAAUGUGAGGCAUCUACUGAAUGAUGAACCAAUGACGCCUAUGGAUCCAUGGUAUAAAGGUUUUCAAGGGAUCAUUGAGAAAACAGCAACCAAGGAAGCAGGGGUUACCUACACAAUUAGUGGAAUCAUUGAGGAGGUUGAUGAAACAACACUUAGGAUUGUAGAGUUACCAAUCCGGAGAUGGACUGAAGAUUACAAGCAAUUUCUGUCAUCAAUGAUGGCUUCAAAUGACAAGGUCAAGGAUCCUUUCAUAAAGGAAAUGAGAGAGUACCAUGAUGUGAAUACUGUACACUUUGAAAUUGAAUUGUCUGAAGAGAAUUUGAUGUUGGCCAAGGAUGAGGGUUUGCUGAAGCGGUUUAAACUAACUACUACAAUUAGCACAAGUAAUAUGCACCUCUUUGAUUCAAGGGGUGUAAUUAAGAAAUAUGAUACCCCAGAACAGAUUCUUGAGGAAUUCUUCAAAAUAAGACUUGAAUUUUAUGAGAAAAGAAAGCGAGUUCUCUUGGAGAAUCUUGAAACAGAGUUGUUGAAACUUGAUAACAAGGUCAGGUUUAUCCUUGGUGUUGUGCAAGGCAAGAUCAUUGUUAGUAACAGGAAGAGAGCAGAACUGUUUCAAGAACUGAGGGAGAAAGGUUUUACUCCUUUUCCAAAGAAGAGUAAAGUUGCAGAUGCAGUUGCUGAAUCAAGUGAUGAGACCGAAGAAAGUGAAGAGAGUGCUGGAGUGACUCAUGCCAAAGGAGUUCAAGCAAGUGAUUAUGACUACUUGCUGUCAAUGGCAAUUGGAACCCUGACCCUUGAGAAGGUCCAAGAGCUGUGUGCUGAGAGGGACGGACUCAAUGAAGAGGUGGAAUGCAUGAGGAAUGCUACUCCAAAAUCUCUGUGGCUUAAAGAUCUUGAUGCUCUCGAAAAACAGCUUGAUGAGCAAGACAAACUUGAAGAAUCUAUGGAGGCAGCUAUUAAGACAAAAAGCAAGGUGGUAAAUAAAGCUGGGCCAGCUGAGCCCCGACGACAAGCAGCAGCUAAGAAACCACCACGUAAUAAAAAGGCUACCCAGGAAGAAACUACUGGUGAGCCUAUGGAGGUUUCAGCUGGUUCUGCAAUGGAUACAGAUAAGGGUCCUGAGGUUGUGAAACCAAAAGGUAGAGGAGGUUCAAAGAAAGCUCCAGCUAAGAAGGAAAAAUCAUCUCUUGAUCUAAUAGAUGAAGAAGAUGAUGAUGAUGAGGUGCUAGAGCUAAAGGACAGACUUGCAGCUUACAAUCUUGACUCAUCUCCUGAUCACUCAGAAGCCAUGAGUACUGAUGCCCCAAAAGCUCAAAGAAAAGAAACCAUUAAAAGAGCUGCUGCUGCAAAGAAGACAUUGCCCAAAGUUUCUGAGAUUACAGAUGAUGUAAAUGGGAUAGAUAUCAGUGAUGAUGAUUUUGAGGCAGAAAUAGUGGCAGCAGAGAAAAAGAAGGGUGGAAGGAAACCAGCAAAUUCAAAAGCAGCAGCCAAACCCCCCACUGCAGCAGCAAAGAAAAGAGGAGCUGCUGCUGCAAAGUCACAACUCACUGGGCAGAAAUUGAUAACAGAAGUUCUUAAGCCCUCCUCAUCCUCCUCAGAGAAUCCAGAGGGGAUCUCUCCUGAAAAGAAAGUAAGGAAGAUGAGGGAAUCUCCAUUUAACAAGAAAAGUGGGUCUGUGCUGGGAAGCAGCAGCGUGAGUGGUGGCGAUUCAGUUUCGGACAGCACGGAAGAAGUAAGCAAGUUUGUGCUUCCAAGAACAAGUAGACCGCAGAGGGGAAACCGUACAAAGGCAGUAUAUGUAGUUAGUGAUUCUGAGGAAGAUGAUGAUGGCAGUGAUGAUCCUGAAGAACUCAUCGAGUCUGACUUUGAGGAUGAAGAUUAGGAUUGAACAAGUGUUGGUGCAUCUUGUCUUGUAGGCACAGUUCAUUUCUCGUGAAUACUCGUGUUUGUACUUUUCUUCUGAAUGUGGUUUAUAUUAGCCAUUUAACUUCAACGCUAGGCUAACCCCCCAUACUUAUGGUCUUGAUCAAUGACGCAUGUCCAAAUGAGGUUUAGAAAAAAUUUUAAAGAUUUUUUUCUCUCAAAAAUACUUUAAAACUUGUGUCUCACGUAUUAUAUAAGAGAUGCAAGUGCCACUUGCAUUUGUGCCA